GGUACGUAGUGGACGGGAUCCUCGUCCUCGCGCCUGUUUGGAGGGAAGUUGCUCUCGUGUGCGCGCGGAGUUGUGGUGCACGCGACUGACCGGAUGAAAUCAACAGAUCCGCUGAGGAUGCGCGCGAGCUGCUGCAGCGCUGUGUAGGGAAGGAGGGAAAAGACGGGGGCAGGAAGAGCAUCGCGAGCGCCUAACUUACACUGAUAUGGAUGAUAUGCGCUGAUCAGUGAUCAGCCGUUUGAGGAGCGCGAGGCAGCAGCAGCAGCAGCAGCAUCAUGUCCGCUGGGUUUUGUCGCUGGUGGUGAACACAGACGGUGGGAAUAAUGGUCAGAAGAUGCCUGCUGACGUUCAAACCGUUCAGGAUCUUUGUGGUGGGGAUUGGUUUCUUCAGUCUGUGUUUUUUAAUGACCUCCCUGGGCGGUCAGUUCUCGGCCAAGCGUCUCACCGACUCUCCGUUCACCGUCCGGACAGAAGUGCUGGGAGGUGUGGAGUCCAGAGGGGUCCUGAGGAAGAUCAGUGAUAUGCUGGAGGUGAUUAUGAAGAGGAUGGAUAGUCUGUCUAAGUUGGAGAAUGUCAACGACUCGCGCCGCCUGGAGGAGCUCAGCUCAGCCAUUAACAGGAUACAGCCAGCUGGACUGGUGGAGAGAAUCCAGGCCAUUGCCCAGAAUGUGUCAAACAUGGCAGUUCGAGUGGAGCAGAUUCUAAAGAACAGCAUGGCAGCAUCCAGAGUUGUGAGAGACGGGACGUCGGGUCAGUGCGACGUUCCCAGAGACCCUCGCUUCCCAGACUGCCCAGGCAAAGUGGACUGGAUGCGGGCCCGCUGGACAUCUGACCCCUGCUACGCUUUCUAUGGAGUGGACGGCUCGGACUGCUCCUUCCUCAUCUACCUGAGCGAGGUGGAGUGGUUCUGCCCCCCGCUGACCUGGAGGAACCACAGCAGCCCACCUGUGCUCCCCAAAAGCCCACCCAAACGUCAGGCGGCGUUCCGUACGGAUCUGAGUACACUGCUGGAUCAGGUGGGAACAGGAAAGGAGUCUCUGAGUUUUAUGAAGAGGAGGAUCCGCAGGCUGGCCUCUCAGUGGGCCACUGCUGCCUACAGACUGGACAUCAAACUGCACAGAAGCUGGAGGGAGCAGAAGAAGAUCCUGGUCCACGUUGGCUUCCUGACGGAGGAGUCCGGAGACGUGUUCAGUCCGAAGGUGCUGAAGGGUGGGCCGCUGGGGGAGAUGGUGCAGUGGGCAGAUAUCCUGACCGCACUUUACGUUUUGGGACACAACCUUAAAAUCUCCAUGUCAGUCAAAGAGCUGCAGGGAUUUCUUGGGGUGCCCCCUGGGAGAGGAAGCUGUCCGCUGACGGGUCCUCUGCCUUUUGACCUCAUCUACACAGACUACCAUGGCCUACAGCAGAUGAAGCAGCACAUGGGGCUCUCCUUAAAGAAACACAAGUGCCAUAUUCGAGUAAUAGACACAUUUGGGACGGAGCCGGCCUACAACCAUGAGGAAUAUGCAACCCUGCACGGCUACAGAACAAACUGGGGAUACUGGAACCUCAACUCCAGACAGUACAUGACCAUGUUCCCUCACACUCCAGAUAACUCCUUCAUGGGCUUCGUCUCCGAGGAGCUGAACAAGACGGAGAAGCGAAGCAUUCAGCAGAACAAAGUCAGGAACAUGGCGGUGGUGUACGGCAAGGAAGCCAGCAUGUGGAAGCUUCAGGGUAAAGAGAAGUUCCUGCAGAUUCUGCAUCGCUACAUGGAAGUACAUGGAACAGUGUACUACGAGACACAGCGCCCCCCGGAGGUCCCUGCCUUCGUUAAGAACCAUGGAUUGCUACCUCAACAGGAGCUGCAGCAACUUCUGCGCAAGGCUAAGCUCUUUAUUGGUUUUGGUUUUCCCUAUGAAGGACCCGCCCCCUUAGAAGCAAUAGCCAAUGGAUGCAUUUACCUGCAACCCAAGUUCCACCCGCCCCACAGCUCACUUAACCAUGAGUUUUUCAGGGGGAAACCUACAUCCAGAGAGGUGUCGUCUCAGCACCCGUAUGCAGAGCAGUACAUCGGAAGACCUCACGUAAUGACCGUGGACUACAACAACUCAGAUGAGUUUGAGGCGGCUGUCCAAGAGAUCAUGAGGUUGAAGGUGGAGCCGUAUCUACCAUACGAGUACACAUGUGAGGGGAUGCUUGAGAGAGUGCACGCUUACAUUCAACACCAGGAGUUUUGCAGUCCAGAGGCUCCGUUUCCUCCAGUCAAUGCCUCCAGAGUUUGGCCUGGGGGUCCGUUCACUCGGUUACCCAACUCCACGCUCCUGGGCUGGGCGGGGAACUCCACAGCGCUGCCCUGCUGGCCUCCGUUAAGUGCCCUCAGACUCAUGGUAUCUGCAGAAGGCCAGUCGUGUGUGGAGGCGUGUCAGAGCUCAGACCUGGUGUGUGAACCAGCCUUCUUUCGCUUCAUCAACAACAAGGAGGCGCUGAGCAAGCUUGAGAUCCAGUGUGAGGUGGUGGAGCUUGAGAUGAACCACAUCUUCCCAGCGUAUUCCGUCACCAGGGGCGAGUGCGGCCUGCAGAAGGAAACCCUCCUGUUCAGCUGCGCCGGCUUCAGCGGUAAAUACAGACGCAUAUGCCCCUGCAGGGACUUCCGCAAAGGCCAGGUGGCGCUAUGCAGGGACUGCUUAUGAUGACGGAGGCGUCUACUGUCCAGACCAGCCGUCCGAGUCUGGAGAAAGCCGGAGUGCACCAGGUUCCUCUAGGUCUUCUCCGUUCCAGAGGUCGUAGCCAACAUGUAGCUCCAUCUACCACCCAGGCGGAGGCUGGCACACAGCUGAAGCUAGCACCCAUGAAGGCUAGCUAGCACCUGAAAGAGGAGAAAGUGGAGAAAGCUGUUUGCUAACAUUCUGGGUAUACCUAUUCCAGUUUCUCUGAAAGAAGAGUAGGAACACGCCCAGUCAGAGCUGCUGGACAAGUCAAAUCUUAUGCUAGCAUCAGGACACAGGGCUAGCAUGUUGGUGUUUUCUACCAAAAUGUUUCAGUAUAGUUUUCUACAGGAAAUGCUACAAUAACUACAGUUUUUAGCCCCUAAAUAGCUAAAAUAAUGUUUUUCAACCCUGAUCCUGGAGUGCUUUUGCCCUGUUGUGAUGCUUUACUAGUGCUGCACUCUAAACUAAAUCUUAGUAAGUAAAAUGGUCUAUUUUCAAAGCAAUAUGUCUUAUUUUUUUCUCUAAUAAGAAUUUAGUCUUAAUAAGCAUCUUUAAGCAACUGUAAGAUUAUUUUGCUUAGCUAGUUUUUUACCUUAUUUUAAGCAAUUUGAACUUAAAAUAAGCAUUAAAAAGUCACUAGCCAUGUUUUUCUGAUCCUUAUGUCCAAAUUUAAGCCACAAAAUCAGUAAUUAAAGUCUUACUUCACUCCUUUUUUUAAAUUAUAAGAAAUCUAACAAAAAAAAAUUGCUUACCCCAUUGGCAGAUUAUUUAGUCUAAUAUAAGUAUAUAUGUCUCAAUUUACGUACAUGUUAUCAAGUUUUUGCCAAAGAAAAAAAUAGAAUCUGGGAAAAUAUGAACACAUUAAUUACAACAUACACUAGGGGUGUAAUGGUACAGAACAUUCACAGUUCAGUUCACACCUCAGUAUAAACCCCAUGGUUCUGUGCGUUUUCGGUACGGUUGGUGAAAAAAAUAAAGAGGCAUUCUUUAUAGCUUUACCUUUAUUAACUUCAUAAUAACAAUGAAUUUUUAUUCUAACCAUGUUUUGUUUUUUGGGAUGGAUGAAACAAACAAACAAUUAACCUGACUGUGGCGCUUUAUUAAAAACAAAAACAACAGCAUUACUUUAACUGCUUAAACUACAAAUAUGAGAUCUUUUUAAAGAAAUAUCAGUAUUAGAAUAUCAAAAUUAAAUUAGAUUAAUGUCAGUCACCUAAAAAUGAAUGAAAAUAAUGAUUUCUUUUUUUAAUGCUGGAAUAUCUCAUUAUUAUUGUGAGGGGAGAGGAAUAAUAUAAUAAUAAUGUAGUGUGGUUUAGGUCUGGCAGACUAGAUCAUUUUGUGCUGUAUUAUAAUAUCUCAGAGAGAGAGAGUGAGAGACAGACAGUGAGACAAUUCGAGGGAAAGAGAGAGAGCGAGCGAGAGAGAUAGAUACACACAGUACGAGCGCCUAACCCUGCGUUCACACUGGAAAGCGACAGGCGACCUGCAGCAGUGUGUGGACAGUCUGAAUGAUCUGAUGAUUUCUGUGCACGCUCUCUGCUUGUGAGCUUCAACUUCCAGUCAGAGCUAAACAUCUCAGAGUAGGCUAUGGGCUAGGUCAGUAGCGAGUUGCUAAUAGCAACAGUGCCACACCUACACUUUCCGGGUUUCGUUCAUUGGAUCCACAUGUCUCCUAUAGACUGCCUGUGUACCGUGUAUUCUGCGUGCGUUUGCACGAACCGAACUGUAACCCCGUACCGUGGCGGUUUGCGAAGAACAUACACAUACCAUUACACUCCUGAUAUACACUAUAUUGACAAAAUUAUCCGCUCGUCUACUUUGGCUUGGAUGCAGCUGCUUUUUUCUCACUGUUGAGCUAAUCUUAAGGCCACAUUGUUGUUUUCAUUCCCAGUCACUUCCAAUUUUAGUGUCACUCACAUGCAUUUAGUACCGAUUGUUAUUAUUUUUUUUAUUUCUAAUUUUUCCCAUUUUCUCCCCAAUUUACACGGCCAAUUACCCAACCCACUCAUUAGGACUCCCCCUAUCACUAGUGAUGCCCCAACACACCAGGAGGGUGAAGACUAACACAUGCUUCCUCCGAUACAUGUGAAGCCAGCCACCGCUUCUUUUCGAGCUGCUGCUGAUGCAGCAUUGCCGAGCUCGGCUUGCUGUGCGGUCAGAGGACAGCACAGCGGCUCGGCUCCGGUACAUCAGCUCACAGACGCCCUGUGCUGCAGACAUCACCAUAGGAGUGAUGUGGGGAGAGAGCGCCAUCUACCCACCCAGAGGGAGCAGGGCCAAUUUUGCUCCCUCUAACGCCGGCAGCUUGAUGGCAAAGCUGCAUGAGCCGGGGUUCGAACCUGCGACCUCCUGCUCAUAGUGGCAGCGCUUUAGACCGCUGGACAACUCGGUGCCUACCGAUUGUUCUUUUAAGAUGGCUGUGGCAGUGCCAGAGGUCAAACGACAAACACAAGUAACUAAAUCUGAAAAUAAAGAAACCAAAAUAUAUAAAACUAUUCUAAUGUUCUGUCACCAAAACAGAAGAAACAAAAUGUCACACACACUCUACUUUUUCCAAAAGAUGAAAAAUAAGAAAGUACAACAAAACAAGCAUGAGCUUGAGGUUUUUCCAGGUCAUGAAAGGGGAGGAGCCCUGAACAUCUGUCCCAGCUCAGGCUUUAUACAGGCCUUUAUUUCGAGAGCUACUACACACUAUAAAUAAGACACAAAUUGGAAAAGAUGUUAAUUAGAAGCUGGAAAAAGCACUCAAACAUUCAGGGUAGAGAGCACUCAAGAUCCAGGGUUGUAAACCUCCAAGAUAAACACCAGUCCACUGGCCUGCGAUCGUCAGUUUGACAUAUUUGGAGCAAACAAAGCUUUCUGUUUGCACUGAUUUGCUGCUACUCGAUAACAAGGUUCAAGAACCACAGAAAAGGACGAGGACCCGGCUUCCUCGUAUGUGGAGCAUUCUGAUAACGACUCAAAGCAGGACGUCCUUGCUUUCUCUGCAGGCUCCACCCACCUCCACCACCAGAGAUGGAUUCAUAAAAGCGGACUUCUCUCAAAACAGACUUAUCUUACCUUGGGGUGAUGCAAUCUUCGAUCUGCACAAAAUGAACUCGAAAAAGCAAAAAGAUUAUUUUUUAAAAGGAGUCAAAUGUUUAAAGCACUGUUUGAAUGCAAACUGUGAAUUUUUAUGAAUACAGGUUUGUGAAUUAAGUUAUGAUUAAUAAAAUGAAGAGAAACACA